AUGAGGAGGCGCCGCAGCGCGGAUCAACGAGACAUUUGGGGUAUCGUGAUUGACAAAGCCUGGAGGCAUCCGCAGAGCAUGGUCCCGUUAUUAGACGCAGAUCGCAGUCCCGUUCCCAGGUGGCUUGGUAGCCAUUCGACAAUGAUUGUGAGGACACCCCCUGUCAUGACCGUGACUGUAACUGUGACCCCGACCACGACAGAUGGAUGCUCUGCUCCGUCGUCAACGUUCAAUCCCAUCCUUGAAUAUGAUCCAGCACAGCGUAUCGGGCAGACGUACUACAAGCCUAGCCUGGUCGGUGAUGGUCCGUCGGCGUCCAAGUGCCUUCGUCCGCCUGCCCCCGUCUGA